AUGCGUCCAUCACAUCUCUGGACCUACGCCUUCAUGGUCGGCUCCUCCCUAGCCCAAGGUGACCUCGGUGCCCUACUCGCCUCCCAAGACGACCUCAGCACGCUUCUUGAGCUCGUUGGUCUUGUAGACGGCCUGGCAGAGACUCUCUCCGCCGCCUCAAACAUCACCAUCUUCGCCCCUACCAACCAGGCUUUUGCAGACGUGCCCCGAGACGUGCCCGAAGGAGAGGCCGUCGAGUACCGCAACAACACGAUUGCUAUUGCAGCACUCCUCGCCAACCACGUGUUCAAAGGCGUCUACCCUGCAGAAGUCAUCACGGAUGUUCCUACUUUUGCGCAGACACUGUUGGAUAGUUCGUAUGAGGAUUACAGACAACCGUUCUCCAACUUCACCGGCGGCGCGUACAACGGGCUUGUCAAGAACGGAGAGGAUGUAUGCGUCCUAUCUGGCGAGCAGACCAUUUCUACCGUAACCCAGGCAGACAUCAAACUCGGCGAAGGAAUCACCAUCCACAAAGUCGACACCGUCUUCUCCUUCGGCGCCCCCUUCCAACUCUUCACCUACCGCGCCGGCUACCUGGCCAUGAACGGCGCGCUCGAAGCCGCCAAACUCGCCAUCGACUUCGGUCUCGCAGGCCCGGAAUCCGUCGGCCUAAACGUCUCCGACUUCACCAUCUUCGUGCCCACCGACGAGGCGUUUGAAGCAAUCGGCUCCGUGGUCGAGGCCGUGGACCAGAAGACGUUGCAGGAUGUCCUCAAGUACCACAUCAUUCCCAACAACGUGAUUUUCUCGCCUAGCCUGGGUAAUGUUACGGUCAAGAGUCUUCAGGGUGUGGAUCUGGUGUUUACGGUGCUUGAGGAUGGGAGUGCGUGGGUUAAUGGGGCAAAGAUUGUUUUUGCCAAUACGAUCUUGUUUAAUGGGGUGGCGCAUGUUAUUGACAGUGUAUUGAGCCCCCUGCAACCCUUCGAUCGCGCUUCUCUAAAGCCUGCUGCGCCUGCUGCUGACCGCGUUGCCUUUGACGGCGCGACAUCCGUCUCUGCGCUACCGUUCACCAGUGCGUCCCUUGCUUUCGCUGGAGAUCUCAUGACGUUUACUACGACACCUGAGUUACUCAAGACGGUUGCUGCGCUUGCUACUCCUACAGCCGCUGCCAACGCUACCAAGACGGGAUCGCCCAUGGAGACUUUUACGGGUGCUGCUAGUGGGUUGCUUCCUGGUGCAGGUCUCGCUCUUGGCGCGGCUGUGGGUAUUGCAGCAGGACUUGUUUGA